AUGGCUCUUGUAGAAGAACAACGAGCUGCUCGGCUCCAGGACGCGCAAGAUAAGGCUGCCGAGCUCUUCGACGAGAUCGAAGAGAACCUCCUCCGCCCAGGCAUUGGCGAGAAGGCACUGAGCGACGAGAUUCACAAGCUAGGUACCGAAAGAUGUGGUGUUCGCACACAUUGGCACAAGCGCGUGGUUCGUAGCGGUCCAAACACCAUGUGCGCUUACUCAGAUAACCCUCCGGAUCGAAUCAUUCAGCCCGAUGACAUCCUCAUCGUCGACCUCGGCCCUGUUUUCGAGGAAUGGGAAGCAGAUUUUGGUCGCACCUUUGUCCUUGGUGACGACCCCCGCAAAAAGGAAAUCCGAGAUGCGAUCGAGCCUAUAUGGAAGGAAGUAAAAGCGAAGUACAAGGAGAACCCAGAUAUGACGGGAACCGAGCUGUACAAGAUCGCCAAAGAAACUGUCGAGGCUCAUCCAGGAGGCUGGACCUUUGGCGGUAAGCUCGCUGGACAUAUUGUUGGCUCAUUCCCGCAUGAGCGCAUCCCCAAGGACAAGGUCUCUCUGUACAUUACCGAAGGAAACGACAACUCAAUGAAUUGCGUCGGCAAGGAUGGACAUAAGAGGCAUUGGAUUCUUGAGGUCUACAUUCAUGACGUCAAAAACCAGAUUGGUGGUUUCUACGAGCAGCUCCUCACAGUUGGCUAG